AUGUCGAAACUAUUUACGUUAACGCUACUGCUAAUUGUGUAUCACGUUGAGUGUACCACAGAAUGGUUUGGAGACUUAAGAGCACACAUGAACCCAUCAAACAACCCAGCUUUCUACGAUAUCACAUACGAUGAUGACGGUAAGUCUUUCAAUCUUUCAAGAGAUUUCACUUAACUUAACAAUUCUUCAUACAUUUUAUUAUAAGUUAUACUACUAAACAGCCGUCCAGUAGUAUAACUUACACAGCUUUCUUAUAGCAUGAUAUGCAAAUAUUAGACUAUAAGGAAGCUGUGAAUAACCUGGCUUUCUCAUGUGACGAACUUUAUCAAUUAAAUCUUGCCAAACCAUCAAAACUAAAACCCAUUUUCAGACUGUCCCCAAGGCCUAGAAAGCAACGCAAUCCCGGAAUACGUGUACUUUGGUGCUAUGAUUAGUACAAAGAUGGUGGAAGGACACAGUGAUUGUUUACAACAUUGUGUUUUGAACGACAAGUGCAAAGCCAUCAACUAUUUCGAGCCUAUGGGAAAGAAUGUAGGUUUUCUAAUUACGCCAAAUUAAUUUUGCGUUUUAUAACUCGAAUCAACAAGUCUUAAAAGUGCAAUUAAAACUUUGGUCUGUUUUUGAACUGGGUCAAAAAAAGUUUUACUACUGUUUUGCAAUAUCUUUCAGAGCAUAGGGUUCAAAAAAGUAAUUUUAAGGCACACAAAGUACUACUUUAAGGCCUCGCACACAGAAAACGUAUAGAUAAGAGUAUCCUACCCUACCAGCUUUACUAUUCUUUCACCCAUGCCAUAGCUUAAGCCCAGGCAAAAAGUACCCUACCUUAUCCUACCCUAACCUAUUCUACCCUACCGUAUCCUAUCCUUACCUAACCCGGCCUACUCGGCCCUACCCAACAGACAAUACCUCAAAAACUUCAAAAAUAGUUUUUAAAAUCAACAGGCAUCUUUAAUCAAUAACAAUUACAGAAAAAUGGCUAUUGCGAGCUGUUGAGCGAGACCCAAUGGGAUAACCCACGCUUGAUGAGACCCUUCCACAAGGCCGUCUACUACGAGAAAAUUCGCUGCCGUGACGACGAACAACUCGAUUCCUUCGAUCUCGAGCACAAAUUCCAACCGGCUACAGUCGAAUCUAAGCCCACAACUACUACUACAACAUUGGCUCCGAAGACAAAGCCCGGAGCUCCCGCCAACUUUGACGCGAAGAAGAAGCCAGUUGUUGAGGACAACUUAAAGCUGUUCAAGAAGUUGUCGGACAAAAUUCAUGAGUUCAAUAUGCGUUUUAGGGCUCGGCUUUAA